CCGAGCAGUGCGCUCCGUCGACAGCAGGAUAGCCUCUGAGACCGGUCCAGCGCCGGGUCGUCGUCUGAUGACGAAGGGUGUGUGAUUCAGUAGGGACGAAAGACCUUCGUUCAAUGGCUUUUUCAUAACCCACCCAUGCUUUCUCCAACCUCACCAAGUGGCGAAGGCCAGCCGGACUCAGCCGAAUCUAGCAGAGGUAAUGCACAGAGCGCUGUCGCAGGACACUUCAUUACAUCGGCUUUAGCGCAGGUAAGAUAGACACAGACCGCUUCAUCAUGUCCCCUCACGCCGGAAAUAAGAGCAUAUAGCAGAACUGAAUAACGUCUUUCUGCGACGUGCUCUGGCGUAUAAUCCAGUGGUGCGGUCUGUUUCUGCUGAUCAAAUACUAUCUCGACACGGCAGCCCGCUGCAUGCCCCUUUUAUAGUCGGCAUCUUUCCCGUACAAGUUUUGGUCAGCAGAUGCAGCAUCAAACCUCCUUUGUUUGUUUUCACCUUCUUCAUCGAUGAGUAGAGCAAUCGCCAAAUCUGCACAGGCUGAAAAACCCGCCUUCGUCUUCAUAGAUGAGUCGGCGAAGUCCACGAAAGAUAAACGACGGCAAAUCCGAUCGCAAGCCAAGCGUUUUGCCAUCGCCGAGAGGAGCAAGCGUCCGAGGGAGAUUCGCUUCGUCAACAUCAAGGGCUCAAAAGAGGAUCAACACCGUACCGAGCAAGGUGGCAGCAACCCGGCUGAGCCUGAUAAAACGAACGGCAAGAAUUCAUCGGCUACGCCGAGGAGAAGCGUUAUAAUUCCAGAUCUUCCCAAGCGCGAUUAUGAAGCCGCUCGCAUCGAGCAUGGCUUCGACGUCUUUCUCCUUUCCGGUCUUGCGUCCGUUCAUAUCGGCAAAGGUGCUUCACUUCAUCUGUACGAGGCCAAAUUAGGCGACUGGUUGAAAGGAUUCAGAGAGCCGUCAUACCUUGAUUUUGUUCCUGCUUAUUAUGGAUCUAGCGAGCUUGUACGGAGCACGGUAAAUUGCACCAUGGCUCAAUACAAACGCGAAAUGUGUCCGUCGUCGGGCGUCUCCGAGGCGACGGUUUUUAAACUCUAUGGCAUAGCUUUAAAGGACCUCCAGAUGGCUCUCAAUGACGUCGAGAGGAGAUUGCAGCCGGAUAUACUCCUGGCCACGGCCGUGCUGCAACUUUUUGAGCUCCUCCAGAAUGAAACGUCAGGCCGCUGGUCAUAUCACACUCUUGGUCUGAUGCACCUUCUUCAAAUGCGUGACCCCGCGACGUAUUCCGAGCUUGAAAUGAGCCUUCUCGCAAGCCAGUUCGGUCCAUUAGUCAAUGAAUGCUUCCUUCGCCAGAUCGAUUGCUUUCUCGAAGAUCCAAAAUGGGAGGGAAUAAUCUUGUUGCUGCAACGACAAAAUAGGUUCGUCACCUCCAUGCUCUCUGCGCAGACUAAGCUUCCGCGUUACAUUCGCAUCGCAAAGGAACACAUUAUGGGGAACGGACCAUGUGAUGCCGUCGAAAAACUUCGAGUUUUGGAGGAAAUGCACAGCGUUAAAGAGUUCAGCUACCGGUGGGAGGAGGAACUCCGAGAACAGGCGAAGAGGGACGAUACCAUUCUCAAUCUUCACGAGUUGCCGUGCGCUUUAUGGUCACUUCAGCUCAACCUCAACAGGUUGAUGGUGAGCCUUGAUCCAUGGGCGGAUGACGCCCAGAUACUCGAGCAGGAAACACAAGAGCUUUCUGAGAGAAUCAUGGCAUGGUGGGAUUCGUCCUCUAGGAUUGAUGGUGAGCGUGAAGACAGAUUUUACACGUUCCCAAUUCCCAGUGCGCAAAUUUGCCUGGCGACAAGAUUCGAGUGGCAGUGCGUUGUUGAGGGUAGACCUGGUUACGUCGACAAUCAGCGAGGUGUGGUUCAUCGCAAGAUAUUCGAGAACAUGGUCACGCUGAUCAAGUCCAAGCCUCCUACACGGAAGUAUAAAUAUGUCAAGUCGCCGUAACAGUAUUAUAAUAUUUUCCAUCCAAGUGUCAAGGCCCUCGAAUGAUUUUGCACAAAUCCGUAGACCGAAACGAGAGAAGAAGGAAUCAAUGGACUCAAAAAUACGCUUUUAUCGUGUAUUACACUGGGCCAGUUCAUGGCUGGAAAAAGAGUAAAUGCCCGAGCUCGACUUGCAAAGGCACUGGCCUGACGUGUGAGGACAGAGGUCGUGGCAUAUAUAAGUGAGAGGCUGACGUCACGUCUGACCGAAAUUCGAGCUAGAGAUUUGAGAAACUAGUCCGGAUAGAGACACGAGCUAUUCGAAUGGGGCCAGAGCCAUUUUAGAAGCAUGCGAAUAAUGGGCGGUCUAGGGAGGGGA